CCAGUGCCCACGGGCGGGGACACCGGGAUGGCCGGGAAGGUGACACUGCUGCUGUGGGCCCAGACCGUGUUCCUCGCUGGUGCCACCCAGCUCCUGGUGCAGCCCCCCUGGACUCCGGCGGUGCUGUGGGACCGGGUGACACUGACCUGCCAGGGCUCGGGGACCGCCGGGGACACUGCCUGGUACAAGGACUUCGGGAUCUGGCGGAUAGAGGGACCCGACAGCUUCACUGUCACCGAGAGUGGCAUCUACUGGUGUUACAGACCCGGUACCGGGGUCAGCCCCACCGUGAGAGUCUCAGAUGACUCGCUGGUGCUGCAGGUGCCGGCGCGGGCGCUGCUGGAGGGGGACACGGUGACACUGCGCUGCCGGGGCUGGAGGAACAAUUCUGUCGCCUCGGUGUCCUUCUACCGGGACAAGGAGGAACUGAUGUCGCCUCGCGGUAGGACCGAGCUGUCCCUGCCCCGUCUGGAGCUGCAGCACAGCGGCCGCUACCGCUGCGAGGGCUGGACGAGAAUCCGGGGGUGGGAGAAGUCGGCGCCGGUGCCAGUGACAGUGCAGGAGCUCUUCACGGUGCCGCUGCUGGAGGGUCCCCCCGAGCUCCCCGAGGGGUCCCCCCUCAAUCUCAGCUGCCUCAGCACCCCCAGCCCCCUGCGGCCCCCAGCCCCCCUCCUGUACCGCUUCUACCGGGACGGGCAGUCGGUGGGGGGCCCGCAGGGGUCCCCGCAGCUCCUGGUGCCCGCCGUGGGGGUCUCCCACUCGGGGAAUUACAGCUGCGAGGUGCGCUCCGAGGGGGGAACCGUGCGGAAGAGCAGCGCCCGGCUCGGCGUCACGGUGCGCAUGCCCGUGGCCAAUGCCACCAUCGCCCCCGCUCCCCCGGCACUCCAGGUGCGCCCAGGUGAGCCCGUGACCCUGCGCUGCUCGGUGCAGGUGGGCUCAGCCCCUGUCACCUUCACCUGGCUGCGCGACGGGCACGAGGUGGCCCGGGGUCCCCUCCUGGAGCUCGGGGACAUCGAUGUGGGACACUCGGGCACCUACCAGUGCGUGGCCACCAACCAGCUGGGACAGGACGGGCACCGCGUGUUCCGGGCACUCAGCCCAGAGCUGGCCCUGCAGGUGACACCACUGGGAGCCGCUGGGCACCCCUGGAGCACAGCAGUGGCUGUGAAUGUCGGCAGGACCCUCCUGUACCUGCUCCUGCUCCUGGCUGUCAUCGGGGGCUGUCGCUGGUGGCACCGCCGGGCCCUCAGGAAGGAGCAGGAAAGCAAUCCCCAGGAGCCCCCGGCCCCCCCGGAGGAGGGGGCGGCGCUGGAACCCCGAGUGGGCAAAGAGCGGGCAGGGGGUGACCACGAGGAGCUGCCGGGACCCCACGGGUGACAGCGGGACCGCGGUGACAGCCACGAGAACGAGCUGUGACACUGGGGGCACUGGGGACACUGGGGGCACUGGAGGUCCCUGCCCGAGGACACCCCCCGUGUGUCCCCCCUCCACCUCGGCCCCCGUGGUUGCCCACCCUGCCCGGGGGGUGGCCACGAGUGGGGGGUCCCAUGUUGGGCUGCCCAGAGCUCCCCGUUCCAGUGCUCCCAGUGCUCCCAGUGCUCCCAGUGCUCCCAGUGCUCCCAGUGCUCCCCAUUCCCUCCCCCAGUGCCCGGGGGCACAGGACCCUGUCCCUCUUCUCGGACACAAACCGCAGCUUUUGCAUUAAACCGGGAGAAACGGU